UUAUCUACUUACUAUCUAGAUUGAUAGUGUAGUAGUAGUUCGUACCGUUCCGCGUUCGUAGUUACUAGUUUACUUUUUUACUUUUAUCUAGUUUCUCCACUCAGUAUAUUCUGUAUUAUUAUAUUCUUUGUUAUUUUAAAUACUUUCUUUCCAUCUUAUAAAUUGUUGAUUUUUGAAUAAACGUGAAUGAUAUUAUCUACUUAAAAGUUAAAUCAUGCUAUACAUGUACACUUACUCCUGAAUGUUGAUUUAAAAAUCCAAGUCAACUGUUAAGCAACGUUUCAUUUUAUAUCUAAAUAUUUUUUUCUUUUGAAGUAUCAUAAUUAUUUGAAUAAUUAAAGCGUUUAAUUCACAAUAACACAUCUAAGUCAAAUUAUUAAUGAGGACUUCUUUUUACAUAUUUAAUAUUAUAUUUUGAAUUGUGGUGUGUUAUAAACUAUUGCAAUAGAUUUUCAGAUAUUUAAAAAUAGGUCGAUAUAAUAAUAACAGUGCCAAACAGAAAUAUUUUGGUGAAGAUGCAUUUAAGUGUACUCAAUGUGGCCGUACAUAUCGUCGAAAGAAAAAUAUAUUUGGACUCAAAAUAAUGGAAAGGUAUAUAACUGCCCAAACAAGAACUGUCACCGCAAUUAUAAAACUAAACCAGUCAAGCCAUUAUUAUUCAACCCAAAAUCUGGAAGAAUGAAUAAAUAUCCUGGUCCAUCUUCGGAUGGUCUUUUUUAUUGUACAAAUCAAUGUGGUAAGAAGUAUAAAUCUAAACAAGCUAUCAGUGUACAUAUGCGUUAUGAAUGCGGUGUGAAACCUAAGUUUUACUGUCAAGAAUGUAACAAAUAUUUUAAACAGCCUGUCAGCUUCAAAGCACAUCAAAUGAAUGUCCACAAGUACGUAGUUGAGUAUACACAAUUUAAAUGUUCUAUGUAAUAUUAUACUUAUAAUAAGUUAUAAAUAAUUUUAAUUAGCUAUUUUAUUUA